CGAUUACGAUGGCGAUCGAUAUCAAAAAUUCGGUGACAAGAUUUUUGAUAUGGCCCAAUUGAAAAUCGAUGAACACUUUUUUACUGUUAGCACCGACAACUCUGAAGUAAACCUAUCGAAAAUUUACCUCUACAGCCUCAACGAAGAUUGCGUUCUUUGUCCUUAUUCCUUUGUCGACAAAUCGGUUGUAAAUAUAUCGAGCACAAAUAAUCGAUUUCGACUGGCAACUGAUUUUAGGCAAUAUUAUCCUGAGGAUGAUGCUGCAUCUGUAAUUUGUGACCUGAAUCAUCAGUAUGGGCAAUUUGGAGUGUACAACUUUCAUGUGAACAACCUCAGUUCCUGUGAGGUUGAGGUUCUAAAGGACCCCGUCAAUAUUUACUCCCGUAAUAUCCAUAAUACUGAUUCUCGUCUGAUCUGGACGCACCUACAGGAUCUAGUAAAAAGGAUUUUUCUUCGAUAUUUCAGAAUUAGUAUAGUCAUUAUGAUAUUUGCAAACUUUGGCAAUGGAGGAUACGAUGUUAUCCAACAUGCAACCUGGAAUGGAUUGCAUGUAGCUGACUUGGUUUUUCCAUGGUUCAUGUGGAUCAUGGGAGCCUGCAUCCCAAUUUCCCUGGCGUCCAGCUUCAAGAAAGGCGUACCAAAUAAGGACAUAAUGUGGAACGUAUCCAAGAGAUCCAUUAAACUGUUUUUACUGGGCAUUUUUCUAAACUCCGGAUGCAAUCUCUAUUACAUUCGAAUCUUCGGAGUGUUGCAACGAUUCGGACUAUGUUAUUUCAUUGUGACUACAAUAUGUGUAUUCACAAUGCACAGAGACUUGAGUUCAAGGAGCCAACACUAUAUUAUGAAACACUUUGAUGAUAUUUUGAAAGUUUGGAAAGCCUGGAUCAUCAGCUCCGCGAUCUUAGUGGUACACACUAUUUUAAUUUUCGUCGUAGCCGCUCCAGGCUGUCCAAGGUNNUACAUGGGACCAGGCGGUCUACACAAAAAUCAGCAAUUUUACAAUUGCGUUGGAGGAGCCACAGGGUACAUAGAUAGGCUAAUUUUGGGUAACCACGUAUACCAGAAUCCGACGAUUUACAGCGUAUACGAAGCAAAGCCAUUCGAUCCCGAAGGAAUUGUAGGAUGUUUAACGACAAUUUUCCAUGUGAUGUUAGGUGUGCAAGCAGGAGUCACAUUACUAGUCUUCAAAGAACAUUAUCAAAGAGUCAGCAGGUGGCUGGUUUGGUCUUUAAUCUUGGGAAUUUUGGUGUAUUAA